AUGGCGCCUGUUGCCAGCUUGGCUGCUAGCUCAGGGCGGUCAGCGGGUCGCAAGCGCGAUCACAGAGGCGGUGAUGUAGCUGCCUCGACGAAGAAUGACGGCGAAUCAUCAGUCAGUCUGCCUCUUGAACAGAAGGCGUCAGCGGCGAGCAGGCCGAGGCAAGCGGAGAAAGAGCUCGCGCUGGAUCUCGAUGACGAGGAUGUUGAAGAAGACCUAGAAGAGGAUGAUCAAGGCGUAGACGCUUUCCCAGAGAUCGACCCCGAGCUUAGCGAGGUCGAAGAUGUUACGGGAGAAGGUAGCAAUGAAGAUGAGAAUGAUGAAAGAAGUGAUGCAGAUGUAGUUGAUGGCUCGGAGGCAGAGUCCGAAGAGGGCUUUGAUAGCGAAGAAGUCGACAAUUGGGACGAGGAUGAGGAGGAUGGUGAGUGCACCCAUGCAUGUCUUGCGACGGAGCGCUUGGCCUUGAACAUCGAAAAGCUCAUCCUAGCGCUGUACCCUACUUGUAGCUCUGGCGGAUGAGCUGGCAGAGGCAUCAGCAUCAGACUCGGAGGUACAGCGGAAUCUGGACGACAUGGUCGCUAGGCACACGUUCAAGCCUGACGAGACCGCACCUACCUACAAUUCGCUGGGGCAGACCGAGUCGGAGGCUGCCCCUUCUAUCUUCCGCAAAAAUCAGAACGCGGAUGGAAGUGCGCGAGGCGAAAUUAGGAUUAGCGCAGUGACCGGACAGCCCAAACGCGUAUAUCCAAAGAUCGAGGCGGAUUACGAUUCCGACGAUAGCACAGAGGAUGCACCAAACAGAAUUGGCAACGUGCCGAUUGAAUGGUACGAUGACAUGCCGCACAUUGGCUACGAUGUCAAUGGCAAGAAAGUCAUGCGACCAGCACAGGGUGACGAGCUCGAUCGCUUUUUGGCUACACAAGAAGAUCCUGACAGUUGGAUGAGUGCAGAAGAUCGCUUGACAGGAAAGAACGUCAAGUUGAGCGACGAGGAGCUCGACAUCAUUCGCAGGUUACAGCAAGGCGAAAUUCCGGACGCUGCGUACGACCAGUACGCCGACUACCAGCCAUGGUACACGGGACCAGGCAAGCAAUUGGACACGCCACUCACCAACAGGCCAGAGCCCAAGAGCCGGUUCGUACCGAGCAAAUGGGAGCACAAGAAGGUAAGCAGGAAUGUCGAGACGGCUCGGGAGGGACUAGAGCUCAUCAGUCACAUGUAUGCAUCUCACAGGUGAUGAAGAUUGUCCGAGCGAUUCGACAGGGCAGGAUCACUCCCCGCGCGCCUCCAGAGGUCAAGCCCGAGUUCUACAACAUCUGGAACGAUUCGGACGAGCCUCGUGCCGAUCAUCCUAUGCACAUGCCAGCUCCCAGACAAGCCUUGCCAACCCAUGCAGAGUCGUACAAUCCUCCAGCGGAGUACUUGUUCUCCGAGCAGGAGCGCAAAGAGUGGGAAGACGCCGAACCAGAAGAUCGAAAAUUGACUUUCAUGCCCGCGAAGUAUGGAUCGUUCCGCCUCAUUCCUGGGUACAAAGACGGCCUCAAAGAGCGCUUCGAGCGUUGUCUUGAUCUCUACAUGGCUCCACGUAUGCGCAGAGCCAAGCUGGACAUUAAGGAUGCCGAAUCUCUGAUACCCAAACUCCCAGCUCCCAGAGAACUGAGGCCAUUUCCGACUGUUACAUCCCUCGUCUAUCCUCAUCCCGGCGGGAUCAGGGUAAGGUGUCUUGCGUUCGACCCGCGAGGGCAAUGGCUCAUCACUGGAGCGGAGGACGGUAGAGUCAGGCUGUGGGACACCGCCAUUGGUAGGUGUGCCGCUGUGUGGGACGUAUGGGCCGGCGCCCCAGCAGCAGAUCGAGCGCCCGUCUAUGGCCUCGAUUGGUGCCCCAACAAGAGCUACUCAUUUUUUGCAGCCGCCAGGUAUGUAGCCGCGGAUGUCUCUGUUUCCCAAAUCUGCUCGCUUAUCAUACAGCCCACUCCCUGCUUGUAGCACUGGGAGAGUACUGCUCGUCGCACCGCCGCAGUGCACGCCAGGCCAUGCAGCGACACAAACGCCUUCAUUCCUGUACGCAACUGCUGGUUAUCAGCCAGCUGAAGCUUCGAAUCCACCUGCCGGAACCAAGGCACCAGCUGCCAAGUGGACUCGCCCAACGGAUGGUCAAAGAGCCAUUGGAGUGGCUGCAUUGAUCGAGGUCGGUGGGACUCCAAAAGCGCUUGCAUGGCACGCCAAGGGAGACUAUCUGGCUACUGUAGCGUCCGAUGCCGGCUCGUCGUCGGUCCUCAUCCACCAAAUAUCCAGGCAGAGGACGCAAGCGCCUUUCGCGAGGGCUGGCAAGGGAAGCUCCGUACAGAAGGUCGUCUUCCAUCCCCUAAGGCCACACCUCUUCGUCGCUACUCAGAGAUUGAUCAGAGUGUACGAUCUGGCUGCUCAGGCACUGACAAAGACGCUGCAACCUGGUGUCAAAUACAUUAGCAGCAUGGACGUGCACCCUCGCGGCGAGCAUCUCAUCAUCGGCUCCUACGAUAGACGUCUCGUAUGGUUCGACAUGGAGCUGUCUACGCGACCAUACAAGACUUUGCGUUAUCACUCUCGAGCUCUUCGAGCAGUCGCCUUCCACCAUAGCUACCCGCUGUUUACGAGCGUCAGCGACGAUGGCACGGCUCACGUGCUGCACGGAACAGUCUACAACGAUCUGACCACUGCUCCUUUGCUCGUUCCGCUCAAGGUGCUCAGAGGACACAGCGUCUCGGCAGGUCUGGGCAUUCUCGACGCAAAGUGGCAUCCCACGCAACCAUGGCUCGCCACUGCCGGCGCGGAUGGUGAGGCGCGACUAUGGACUAUUUGA